CUCCUCCUUGUCAUAAUCAUUCGUUCUCAAACCCCUCAAAAGAUUCAAUAUUUCCUUCAUACAAGUGCUCUCCCUCUUUUUUUAUUACAAAUAUUUUUUUUCUAGUGUAUAUAGAUAUAGCAGCAGAUAAAUGUUUCAACAUACACCCUUUUGUGGUGCUCAGAACAGGAACACGGAACUGUUCCUUUUGCAUAUAGCCCUUCCCUUCGUUUCUUCCCACUACUAGCUUAUUCAUUUCACAUCCAUCAUCAACAUUUCAACCCUGCUUCAGCAACAGUUUACACGUUCUCUUUUGCCCUUUCCCUUUUCCUCUGCAGAUUUCUCUCUUUCUUUUUUUUUUUUGGUUUCUAACAUAGGCAGCUUGUAAAGGCCACUUUCUUCUACAGGUCGCCGCAUAUUUGACAAUAAAAGGGUUUGAACAUGAACGUCCUUUCAUUGCCUGCCUGCAAACAAGUACCACCCCUAGGGAAUUUCCGAGGGGGGCUCAACGUGGAGUCUUUCUUCUCCAGGAAAGAUAAGGUGGUGUUCGUAAUGGGAGCAACCGGCACUGGCAAGUCCCGCCUGGCAAUCGACCUAGCCACCUGUUUUGAUCCAGCUGAGAUUGUAAAUUCAGACAAAAUGCAAGUUUAUAAAGGCCUCGACAUAGUAACUAACAAAGUCACUGAAGAGGAGUGUCGUGGAGUCCCGCACCAUUUGCUAGGCAUAGUAGACCCAAACUCGAAUUUCACAUCAAUGGAUUUCCGUCACCAUGCAUCAGUCGCUGUUAAAUCCAUAGUCUCCAAAGGCAGCCUCCCAAUCAUCGCCGGCGGCUCCAAUUCGUACAUCGAGGCAUUGGUGAACCAUGAUCCUGAAUUUCAAUUAAGGUACGAAUGUUGCUUCCUGUGGGUAGAUGUGUCAUUGCCCGUGUUACACUCAUUUGUGGCCGAACGGGUUGAUAGGAUGGUGCAAGCAGGCAUGGUUGAUGAGGUUAAACAAAUGUUUGAUCCGAAAGCCGAUUAUUCCCGCGGGAUUAGACGUGCAAUUGGGGUCCCAGAGAUGGACCAAUAUUUCCGUGCUGAAUCAAUUCUUGAUGCCAAAAUUCGAGCGAGGUUGCUUGAGACAGCCAUUUCCAAGAUCAAGGAAAACACAUGCAUGCUAGCUUGUCGCCAAUUGGAAAAAAUCGACCGCCUUUAUAACCAAUGGAAGUGGAGAAUGCACCGGAUUGAUGCCACCGAAGUAUUCCUAAAGCGUGGCGAGGAGGCUGACGAGGCAUGGCACAGACUCGUGGCGGGACCAAGCACCAUGAUCGUGGACCAGUUCCUAUACGACGAUAAUCGUGUCGCCUCCAUUAUACCCUCCUCCGAUUCCACCGCCUCCACAUCAUCGGUCCCCUUAACCGCCGUAGCGGCGGCUACCCGUUAAAGGUAGGACACACGCAUGGAAUCUCCCACAUGCAAACGAUGAUUCCACAUGGCAGGCUGGCAUCUUACCUCUCUCUCUCUCUCUCUCUCUCUCUCUCUCUAUAUAUAUAUAUAUAU